AUGGGGUUGUUGCUGGCGUGGAUCGGGAGUGUAAGGUCUGGUCUUCCUCAACGCCAGUUCGAGAGAGAUAAAUCCAGAUUUACACUCGAGCGGCAGUUGCAUUGCUCAUUGAUCACGAGACUAUCUAUCUAUCUAUCUAUCUAUCUAUCUAUCUAUCUAUCUAUCUAUCUAUCUCAGUCUCGUGAAUAUCUAUCUAUCUAUCUAUCUAUCUAUCUCAGUCUCUCAUAUCUAUCUAUCUAUCUAUCUCGGUCUCGUCAUAUCUCUCUAUCUAUCUAUCUAUCUAUCUAUCUAUCUAUCUAUCUAUCUGUCUGUCUGUCUGUCUGUCUAGUCAUAUCUAUCUAUCUAUCUAUCUAUCUAUCUAUCUAUCUAUCUAUCUAUCUCGGUCUCGUCAUAUCUAUCUAUCUAUCUAUCUAUCUAUCUAUCUAUUCUUUUAAUAUCUAUCUUCUAGUCAUAUCUAUCUAUCUAUCUAUCUAUCUAUCUAUCUAUCUAUCUAUCUAUAGAUUCUUGACAAAAUCGAGUCUAUCUAUCUAUCUAUCUAUCUAUCUAUCUCAUUCUAUUCAUAUCCAUUUAUCCCACUCAUUUCGAAUCUAUAGAUUCUUUGCAAAAUCCAAUUAUCUAUCUAUCUAUCUAUCUAUCUAUCUAUCUAUCUAUCUAUCUAUCUAUCUAUCUAAAUUUAUUAAUUAUCUAUCUAAAUUUAUUGACGAAUUCUCCCCUAAUCUCUCUCUUUUUGCUUCUCCCUUUCUUCUCUCUUUGUCAUUUUAUGUCUCUCUCUCUUUCCUUCUUUUUGCCUUUCUCUUUGUCAUUUUUUCUUUGUUUUUCUUUGAGCUCUCUCCUUCCUUCUCUCUUUUUCCAUUUGUACUUGUCUAUCUUUUCUGUUUCUCUCCUCUCUCUCUCCCCCUUCUCCUUCUCUCUCUUUCUGAUUUCUUUCUAUAUUUCCUAUGCCUCUUUCUUCUCUCUCUUUCUUUUCUCACCUCUUUCUCUCUCUUUCUCUCUCUCUCGUUCUCUUCUCUCUUUAUUUUUUCUGCCCCUAAAUUUUUUUUUCUCUCUUUUCCCUGCUAUUUCUCUCUCUCUCUUCUCUCCUUGCUUUCUCUCUUCCCUUUUUUCUCUUCUUUCUCUCUCCCCUUCCCCUCUCUCUCUCUCUCUUCUUCUCCCAAAUUUUUCUCUUUCUCUCUUCUCUUUUUCUCCUCUCUUCUCUCUCUUUCCCUUUAUAAUUUCUCUCUCUUUCCCUCUCUCUCUUUCUCUCUCUUUCCCUCUAUUUUCUCUCUCUUUCCCCUUCUGUCUCUUCUCUCUCUUUCCCAUUCUCUUUUUCUCUCUCUCUUUCCCUCUCUCUUUAAACAACUCUCUUUUUUUUUUUUCUCUCUCUUUCUCUGUUCUCUCUCUCUCUCUCUCUCUUUUUUCUCUAUUUCUCUCUCUCUCUUCUUCUCUUCUCUCUUUCUCAUUUUAUCUUUUCUCUCUCUCUCUCUCUCUCCCUUCUCUCUCUCUCUUUCUCUCUUUCUUUCUCUUUCUUCUCCCUUUCUAAUUUGUCAUCUUCUAUUGCUUUUCUCUCUUCCCUCUCUCUCUUUCUUUGUCUCUCUUUCUCUCUCUUCUCUUCUUCUCUCUCUCCCUCUCUCUCUUCCUCUCUUCUCUCUUUUUGUCAUUCUCUCUCUUUCCCUCUUUCUUUUCCCUCUUCUCUCUCUUUCUCUCUCCCUUCUCUCUUUCUCUCUUUUUCCCCUCUUUCUCUUUCUCCUUCUCUCCUCCCUCAUCUCUCUCUUUGCCUCUCUCUUUCUCUCUUCCCUCUCUCUCUUCUCUCUUUCUCUCCUUCUUUCUCUUUGUCUCUCUUUCUUUCUCUUCUCUCUCUCUUUCUCUCCUUUUUGUCUCUCUCUUUCCCUUCUCUCUCUCAUUCUCUCUUUUCUCUCUUUCUUCUCUCUCUUUUUCUUCUCUCUCUUUCUAAAUUUUCUCUCUCUUCCCUCUCUUUUCCCUCUCUCUCUCUUCUUUCUCUCUCGUUCUUUUGCUCUUUGUCUCUUUUAUCUCCUUCUUUUCUCUCUUUCCCUCUCUCCCUCUCUUCUCUUUCUCCUCUUUUUCUCUUUUUAA